UCCCUCUCUCUGUUGUUCUUAAAGUUCAAUUAAUUAAUCUGUUCUUGAGAGGGUUGAUUUUGAUCAUAGCUUUUGUUUGCUUUUGCUUAACGUUCUUCACUGGAUGAUGAGAUAAUGAUGUACCCACUUUGAGAUAGAGAACAGGAGAGAGAAAGAGAGAUAGAGAGAUAGAGAGAGAGGGUUUUACCCCUUUUUUCUUCCCCCACUAUCUGAUCAUUGAUUCCAGUUGUUAUAAUUAUGGAGGAACCAUCUGGGUUUAACCUUCGUUGAAUGAAAAUUCCCCCCAUUCCCUUUCAUCUUCCCCACCAUCUUAUCAUUGAUUCCAGUUAAAUUCAGGCAGGAGCCAACCCGAUUGUUCUACCCCAUUCACGAAAAAGCAGAGCAAAAAGAGAAGAAAACCCAGAUGUUAGAGGAAAAGGGGCAAUACUUCUCCCGCCACUUUACUUGUUCACGUAAUCCUUACUAAAAUAACGACUGGGUUGUAUCCAGUUUGUUGCCAACAUGAUUCGUUCGAAGCUUUUGGUCGAUUAACGCCAGUGGUUUCCGGAUUCAAGGGAAGAACAGGGUUCUUUGUUCUUGUUCUUGUUCUUUUUUCAAGCGGAUUCUUAAUGGGUUUGUGAAGAAUCGAUGGUAUUUCUUUAAUUUGUGUUGAUUCUAGUUCAAUUUGUGUUGUCGUGUUCGGUAGAGGAGUUUUAUGUGGUGGGGUUGGUUUGGCGGAGCUGGGGCUUUCUCAAGCUCUUAAGGUUGUUUACUUAGGAUGUCUUUGAACUGCAAGUUUUCUAUCUUUAAUGGUAAGUUUCCAGCUGGGUUUAAGCUGAAGAAGGCUAAGGAACAUCUAUGUUUGUUAAAUUCCACCGGAAAAUGGAAGAAGAAGCUGUUCUGUCUUUGGAUUUUUACUGUAGUUUUAGCUUUGGGCAGCUGGUUUUCCUUGCGUUCGUGUAAUGUAAAUAGUGGAACAAAACAGCAAAUCUCGAACUUGUUCGAUGAAGAAACUCAAACUUUGAUGCGGCAUUUCAAUGUAAGCAAGAAUCAGAUUCAAGCUUUGACUGCCUUGUUAUCUGAAUCAGAUCGGAUGACAUCCAUGGGGUGCAUCAAUGAUUUUGGAUCGGACAAAUCACAGUUGGAUGGAAUUGCCUGUGCCCUGAGGUCACUGUACUGGGAGCAAGAUUUGCACAAGCAGCAUGUAUGGGUUGAGGGAAGUGCAGAUUCCAAUGUUGGGCAGUGCCCAAUUCGAACUGAGAAGGUCCCUGAAAAUUCUGAACAAUUAUUCUCUGAGGACAUAACUGUUCCAUAUGCUACAGACUUAUCUGUCUCUUUACUUUCUUCUGGAAAUCAGCUCUGUGGAAAGAUAAUUGAACAAACAGGAGUUCUAAGAUACUUUAUAAGAAAGCACUGGAAGGGUUUCUAUAGUUUGUUGAUUGGAUGUUUUUCAGUCUUUCUUGGAGUGAUAUCAUUCCAGAAAACAUCUGGUUUCCAUCUAAACUUGUGGAACAAAAAACAUCCAAAGCCAAAUCAGCCAUUGGUUCAUCCACAAUGGGUCUUACAACGGAGAAAAAAGCAUCAACAAGUCAGAGAUUCUUCUAAAGGAGCAGGGAAAUGGCGGAAGGUGCUCCUAAGAAUAUUUAUUGUAUUCGGAAUAAUCGGGUCCAUAUGGCUAUUUUGGUACCUGAACAAGACAGCCAUUUUGAGAAGAGAAGAAACACUUGCAAACAUGUGUGAUGAGCGAGCUCGGAUGUUGCAGGACCAGUUUAAUGUUAGCAUGAACCAUGUUCAUGCAUUGGCCGUUCUUACCUCGACGUUCCACCACGGAAAACAACCUUCAGCUAUUAAUCAGAAAACAUUUGGUGAGUAUACAGAAAGAACAUCCUUUGAAAGACCACUAACUAGUGGUGUAGCUUAUGCUUUGAAAGUUAAUCACUCGGAAAGAGAGCAAUUUGAGAGGAUGCAUGGAUGGACAAUAAAGAAAAUGGAGACAGAGGACCAAACUCUUGUUCAAGAUUGUAACCCAGAAAAUUUGGAGCCUGCACCAAUUCAAGACGAAUAUGCACCUGUCAUAUUUUCUCAAGAAACGGUCGCUCAUAUAGUUUCUAUCGACAUGAUGUCUGGAAAAGAAGAUCGUGAGAACAUAUUGCGAGCUAGAGCUUCUGGAAAGGGAGUGCUUACAUCUCCUUUUAAGCUUUUGAAAUCUAAUCACCUUGGAGUCGUCCUCACGUUUGCCGUCUAUGACACUGACCUCCCACCAGAUGCUACUCCUGAGCAACGUAUCGAAGCUACUGUUGGUUAUCUAGGUGCAUCUUAUGAUAUCCCCUCACUGGUGGAAAAGCUUCUGCAUCAGCUUGCUAGUAAGCAGACAAUUGUUGUGAACGUUUAUGAUACGACCAAUCAUUCCGCUCCCAUUAAUAUGUAUGGUUCGGAUUUUUCCGAUACUGGGCUACUGCAUAUUAGUAAACUUGAUUUUGGGGAUCCAUUAAGAAGGCACGAGAUGCAUUGUAGAUUCAAGCAUAAACCUCCACCUCCUUGGACAGCCAUAAAUUCAUCGGUUGGCGUUCUUAUCAUUACCUUGCUGGUUGGGCAUAUUUUUCAUGCAGCCAUAAGUCGGAUCGCAAAAGUGGAGAAUGACUAUCACGAGACGAUGUGGCUUAAAAGUCUUGCCGAAGCUGCUGAUGUCGCAAAAUCACAGUUUCUGGCAACAAUUUCCCAUGAGAUCAGAACACCAAUGAAUGGUGUUUUAGGCAUGCUGAAAUUACUGAUGGACACUAACCUUGAUCCGAAUCAACUGGAUUUUGCCCGGACUGCUCACGAGAGUGGAAAAGAUCUGAUAUCUCUUAUAAAUAAGGUUCUUGAUCAAGCUAAGAUAGAAUCAGGAAGGCUUGAACUUGAAUCUGUACCUUUUGAUCUGCGUGCUAUACUUGAUAAUGUUCUCUCACCUUUCUCUCUCAAAUCCAAUGAUAUGGGAAUUGAGUUGGCUGUUUAUGUCUCUGAUUUGGUGCCUGAAGUUGUCAUCGGUGACCCUGGACGUUUUCGUCAAAUAAUUACUCAUCUCGUUGGAAACUCGGUCAAGUUUACUCAUAAAAAGGGACACAUAUUAGUCUCAGUGCAUCUGGCUGAUGAAGUGAGAGGCCCAGUUGAUUUUAUGGACAUUGUGCUUAGACAAGGCACGUACUUAGCUGGAGAUGCAUCAAAGAAUGGUUCUACUACAUUCAGUGGGUUACCUGUGGUGAAUAGAUGGAAAAGCUGGGAGGAUUUCAAAAAGUUCAGCAAUACAAAUGCGGUGGAGGAACCCAAAACUAUUAAAAUACUCGUGACCGUUGAGGAUACAGGUGUAGGAAUUCCCCGAAAAGCACAAAGCCGAAUUUUCACUUCUUUUAUGCAGGCUGAUAGUUCCACUUCACGGAUAUAUGGUGGCACUGGAAUAGGAUUGAGUAUUAGCAAACGUUUGGUCGAUCUCAUGGAUGGGGAGAUCGGGUUUGUGAGUGAGCCUGGUAUAGGUAGCACGUUUUCAUUUACGGUUUCUUUUCAGAAAGGGGAAACAAAUUUUCUGGAUACGAAACGGUCACAGUUUGAUCUCGGUGUUAUGGAGUUCCAGGGGCUAAGAGCUUUAAUAAUAGAUAAUAGCUGCAUUCGAGCUGAGGUCACGAGAUAUCAUCUGCAGAGGCUCGGGAUUUCUGUUGAUAUAGCUCUGAGUGCAGAAUCUGCUUAUCAGUAUUUAUCUAAUACUUCCAACACAAGAGUAUCGACACAAUUAGCCAUGAUUCUUAUAGACAAAGAUAUUUGGGACAAGAAAGUGGGUCUGAAGUUCCAUCUUCUGUUUAAAGAGCACGUUGAUAGAAGUGUGACAAAUCUCCAGAUGAAUACUCCAAAGCUUUUUCUUUUGGCGAACCCCAUUAGCUCCAAUGAGCUGAAUGAACUUAAAUCUUCAGGUCAUGUAAAUAAUGUAUUGAUUAAACCUCUUCAGCUAAACAUGUUGGUUAGUUGCUUCCACGAAGCGUUUGGGAUUGAGAAGCGGAAUCAAGUAGUAAUUAAAAGACCUUCUACUCUUAAGAACCUGCUGAAAGACAAGCAUAUUUUGGUUGUGGAUGACAAUGCGGUUAACAGAAGGGUGGCAGAAGGUGCCUUGAAGAAAUAUGGAGCUGUUGUAACUUGUGUAGAAUGUGGAAAGGAUGCGGUGGCUCUCCUCGACCCUCCACACGACUUUGAUGCUUGUUUCAUGGACCUCCAGAUGCCUGAGAUGAAUGGGUUUGAAGCUACAAGACAGGUCCGUGCUGUAGAAAGAGGGGUAAACGAGAAACUUACAUCAGGAGAAGUGUCAACUGAGGACAAUAAGGUUUAUUGGCACACACCAAUAUUUGCUAUGACGGCAGAUUUAAUUCAGUCUCUGUAUGAACAAUGCCUGAAGUGUGGGAUGGAUGGUUAUGUAGCUAAGCCAUUUGAAGAAGAGCAACUUUAUUCAGCUCUAGCAUGCUAUUUCAAGACUACUUGACACAGUACCGACGCAGCGACAAUAACUGUUUCUUACUUCUCUGACCAAAGGGACACGUCUCGUGUGGUAGGACGAUGGCUAGCUGGUGGAUGGAGUUAUCUGGUCACAUCCUUCUCAUCUUUUACUUUGUGGAAUGACAACCACGAUUCGGUAGUCUUAGCAAUGGCGUACAGGAAAAGCGAGCAAACGAUGCAUAAUCCAUAGUUUUGCGUUUCAUCGUCUCCUGCCAACGGCCAUAAACUAACUAAUGGCAUCCGCCCUUGACUUCUCGUUAGUAGACUCAAAUGUUAUGAUUUGCCAAACUCACUCAUUUAUGAACCCUGAUGACAUUUCAUCUCAUCCGAGAUGGCUUAUCGAAAUCAUCCCUCAUACUGCAUAGGGGAAGAUAAAAUCUUCACAAUUUAUCGAGAUUUUCCGAGCUGACUACGAAUUAUUCAACAUUUUUCAUUAGCUGUAUGUAGUCUGACAGAUUUAACAAAGUAGGAACGAUGUCGAAUAAUCAGAAACGCCCGAAACCCCAUUUGAAGGAAGGUGUGCUGCUGUUUCCAAGUACUUAGAUUUGAAAAAUAUUGUAUAUUCCCAUGUAUACAACAAUUUGUCUUAAGUUAUGUAGUUGCUGUUGUUACUUAUGCAAUGUUCUGUUCUGUUGUAUAUUUGUACAUCAUUUCUGUAAGCCUGCAAUGUAGCAAAAGAGUAGUAGAUGAUCACUUUUAUUGCAUCUUCAACUUGAGUUA